GUAUGGAUGUGCUUCAAGGACGCCCGGAUCUUGGCCUGCGCCCCUUCCAACAGUGCCGCAGACCUGCUGUGCCAGCGCCUCAUCAAGGACAUCACCCCCCGGUACAUCUACAGGCUCAUGGCCAGCUCCAGGAGCUACCAGGAGGUGCCCGCUGAUAUCAGGCCCUGCUGCAACUGGGACGACAAGCAGAGCUGCUACGUGUACCCAAGCAAGGAGCACCUGGGGUGCUACCGGAUCCUCAUCACCACGCUGGUGACAGCGGGAAGGCUGGUGUCAGCCAACUUCCCCCCAGGGUUUUUCUCCCACGUCUUCAUCGACGAGUGCGGCCAGGCAGUAGAGCCGGAGAGCGUGGUCGCCAUCGCAGGGCUCCUGACUGCCAUGGACCAGAAGACCAACCCCAACGGGGGGCAGCUGGUGCUGGCAGGAGACCCCCAGCAGCUGGGCCCUGUCCUGAGGUCACCGCUGGCCAUCGAGCAUGGCUUGGGCACCUCGCUGCUGGAGAGGCUGAUGCUGCACAACCCCCUGUACAAGAAGUCGAGCGGAGGAUACGACGCACAGUUCGUCACCAAACUGCUCUGGAACUACAGGUCCCACGAGGCUAUCCUCAGGAUCCCCAACGAGCUCUUCUACGACAGCGAGCUGAAGGCCUGCGAGAGCGACGAGCUCGAUGUCCGGAGUCUGUAUUGUGCCUGGGAUGAGCUUCCCAAAAAAGGCUUCCCCAUCAUCUUCCACGGGGUUUGUGGGGAAGACCGGAGAGAGGCCAAGAGCCCCUCGUUCUUCAACACGGCUGAGAUCGAGGUGCUGGUCCACUACCUCAAGAAGCUGCUGCAGAGCCGGGGCAAGGGGAGCUGCCCCAGCGUCUCGCCCAAGGAGAUCGGCAUCAUCUCUCCCUACAGGAAGCAGGUGAGGGGCACGGCUCCGCAGGCAGGGGACAGGCAGAGGCGGCCUGACAUCAGCCUGCUGAAGGUGGGCUCCGUGGAGGAGUUCCAGGGCCAGGAGCGGCGCGUCAUCCUCAUCUCCACCGUGCGCAGCUGCAGUGAGUACCUCCAGCUCGAUGAGACCUUCAAGCUGGGCUUCCUCAAGAACCCAAGGUACCGUGCUGCCCUGAGCAGG